ACACAUAUUAAAUGUUCGAUUCAGUUACUACUUAUCUUUCUCUAUAAGUAACAUUCAUGGAAGAUACAACAGAGCAGAGCAUUUCCAAUAACAACUCGGAGAGGCUAUUAAUGCAGGAAGAUGGGAUUCUAAAACUUUGCAAUCCACACCAAGCGCCAAUAGAAAACCACACCGAGCCUAAAUUUGGUCAAUUCGGUUUGGUUUCAGUAUCUUACUGAAAACCGGAUCGGCAAUUCAGUAAUCAGUAUUAAUUUUGAUUUUCUUCUUACUCCGAUCUCUUCUUCACGUUUCCAUCUUCCCCAUAUGUUCUCAGUUUUGUGUGUUCCAUUUCCAUCACGGUUCGAAUUAUAUUUAACCCUUAAACCGGGUUUUAUAAGCAAAGAAAUCGCAGGCUCUGAUGAUUUAAACCGGGUUUGAGAAUCUGACUUCAUCUUUUGUAAACCGGGUUCCAUCUAAGCCUCCCUCCACGAUCCUGUCUCAACUCUCAAAACUUUCAGACACCAUUCUCGUUGUCGAAUCUGGAUUGGUUCAAUUCAGUUGCAGGGAAUCAACAAAUGGGGUCUUCAUCGUCGUUCUGGAACGUAGCUUAUCGACAAGCUAUGAAAAGCGGUGUGUUUGUCGCGAAAGUCUACUCCUUUCUCCAUGUAACCACAACCUAUCUCGCCUUCCCUGCUUUCGCUUUUGGUCCGAGCAUGAUCCCGACGCUUCAUCCUUCGGGGAAUGUCGUAUUGGCAGAACGUAUCUCCACGCGGUCUCGGAAACUGAGUCGUGGAGAUGUCAUUGUGUUGCAAUCUCCAGAAGACCCUAACAAGAUUCCAAUCAAGAGAGUGAUCGGACUUGAAGGAGAUUGUGUAAGCUUUGUAGUUGAUCCUGAGAAGAACGAUGAAUCAAGAACCGUCGUGGUUCCUAAAGGGCAUGUGUGGGUGCAAGGUGAUUAUACUCAGAACUCUAGAGACUCGAGAAUCUUUGGUCCUUUACCUUAUGGUCUUAUUCGAGGCAGAGUGCUUUGGAGGGUUUGGCCAUUUCAAGAUUUUGGACCGAUUGGACCGACCACAACUUAAAGAAAUAAGGUUUGGGUCGGGUGUUAUCUUGGUUGAUCAUUUGGCAAAUGACCAAGACGGUUUGUUAGUGUAGUAGUCUUGUUGUUAAGUCAAGCGAGUCCGGUUAGCUAUAUAAUGGAGAGACUGAAAGAGGGAGAUACGAUAUGAGAUCGAUAUAAAAUAGUGUUGCUAUCUUGUAUGUAAGUCUACUGGAUAUUACAAUUAAACGAUUCAUUUUUUAUUA